UUUAUGUUGGAUGCGGAAGUGAACUGUCAUAUGACUGCAAAAGAAAAGCUAAAAUGUUGCUAAUCUGUGGAUGACAAUUUUCACCAAAAGAAAUGGAGGAGAUAAGAAUGUCUCCUGACUACAACUGGUUUCGAAGCUCAGUACCCCUCAAAAGAAUUAUUGUGGAUGAUGAUGACAGCAAAGUCUGGUCGCUAUAUGAUGCCGGGCCAAAAAGCAUCAGGUGCCCGAUCAUCUUCCUUCCUCCUGUGAGUGGCACAGCUGAAGUUUUCUUCCAGCAAGUGUUGGCUCUUUCUGGCUGGGGCUAUCGUGUCAUUUCGCUCCAGUACCCAGUCUAUUGGGAUCUUCUGGAAUUUUGUGAUGGAUUUAAGAAACUUCUAGACCACUUGCAACUGGACAAGGUGCACUUAUUUGGUGCUUCUCUGGGAGGAUUUCUGGCUCAGAAAUUUGCAGAGGUCACACACAAAUCCCCUCGAGUUCAUUCUCUGAUCCUGUGCAAUUCAUUCAGCGAUACAUCCAUUUUUAACCAAACAUGGACUGCUAACAGCUUCUGGUUGAUGCCAGCUUUUAUGCUUAAGAAGAUUGUUCUUGGAAACUUUGCUAAAGGACCUGUUGAUCCCCAAAUGGCAGAUGCCAUUGAUUUUAUGGUGGACAGACUGGAGAGCUUGAACCAGAGUGAACUGGCAUCCCGGCUUACACUGAACUGCCAAAACUCCUACAUUGAGCCUCACAAAAUAAAGGAUGUUUCAGUCACCAUUAUGGAUGUAUUUGAUCAGAGUGCUCUUUCAAAUGAGGCAAAGGAGGAAAUGUAUAAACUGUACCCUAAUGCCAGGAGGGCUCACCUCAAAACCGGCGGCAACUUUCCCUACCUUUGUCGAAGCGCCGAAGUUAACCUUUACAUCCAAAUACAUCUGCGACAGUUCCAUGGGACCAGAUACGCUGCCAUUAGCCCUGCUAUGGUUAGUGCAGAGGAGCUCGAGGUCCAAAAGAGCAAUCUGAAUAAAAUUAGAGAGGGCGAUGAUGAAUCAUAAGAAGAUUAACCCCCUGGCCCCACAGCCUACACUGAGCCGAUUACGGAAGCAUUGACUCGUUAAGUCAGCGCUACACAUCACAUGCUGGGAAAAACCUCCUUUUGGUCUCAUGUUUUUCUACAAUGGAUUCAAUCAAAAUGAACUAAGAGAACCUAUUUUUACUUUCCAGAAACAAUAUUUUGAUAUGUAUUAUGACUGUAAAUAAUUUAAGACUGGGAACUCGGUCAUAUUUCACAGGAUGCCAUUUCGAACUGGUUGCCUUAUACCUUAUAUUUGAUUAGCUUUGCGCUUCAUAUUGUCCUUUUUCCGCUUUUGUUACUGUAACUCAUGCACUGAUUAAAGGUAAAGCCUACAAAAGUCACAGGUUUGGAAGGAUGGAAAAGAUGUAUAUUGGCAAAUGUUAUAUUAAGUAAAAAUUUCCAGUCUUGGCCGAAUCACUAAAAGGAAUAAUUUGCAGGAAGAAAAUAUACAAUGGUCAGCUGAUUAGCCAGGACAUGCUUGGUGUUUUCUUUCCAUUUUUGGACUGGACCUAGAAAUUUAUUAUAACAAAAACGAGACAUCGAAGCCUGCCUCACCCAAAUUUUUUUUCCUGUAAAUCUCAAUCAGACCAAAAUCACUUGUUCACGACGGUCACUUUUUGUAAUGUAUAAACAUGAACCAAACUUCACUGCACAGCUGAAUCCUGUAAUGUGAUGGUAACAGCCAUCAUGCAACAUGAAAUUUGGUAUCAUUUGUGCAUUUGGUCACCAUGUUUGCAUUACUAACUUGUACAACAUGCCAUAUCAAAUUGAAUUGUAGAGAAAUACUGUAUACAUAAUAGUAAAUAAUUAACUUAGUUAAAAUUGUAUAGCAUAAGUUUUGGGUUUUUUUUUUUUUUUUUUUGAGGCAGGUGUUUGAAGAUUUUGGGUGGGAUAGACUCUAGUUACUGAUUAGUUAUAUUAAAUUACUUAUAUCAAGUUUGUAGCACCAGUGCAAAGUUAACUGAUCCAUUAAGUUUGGGGUAAGUGAAAAGUUUUGUUGAACAAUUCCUUUAAAAUUAUUUGCACAGGAUUAAAACCAUCUAUUAGACUAGAUCUCUGAAGGGCCAAUUUACGAGGAGCAUGGCUUUAAUUCACUGUGAACAUAGUUUUAAUUUACAUUUAUAUAAGUUUUAGUGAUGGAGAGAAAAUUAAGCAAGUCACGCAUUGCUUAAGAUGUCAGAUGGGGUUUGUAUUAAACAUCAAGAUACUUGGGCUGUAGAAAAUGCUUAACUCCAAUGUAACAAUACUCUGUCUUCCAAAGCAAUGUAAUUUUGUCAUCACUGGGGAAAAAAAAAAAAAAAGUGCGCUUUGAGCUGCACACAGGCAAAUCCACAUUGUUAGAGUGGAUUCCCCCUCGUGAGUAUCACGUCAUUUGAACACUGAUGAAGGAUGGGUGGCUUGUGUCAUUUUCACAUUUCAGUAUUUUAUUAGUCACAUUUCAGUAUUGCAGUAUGUUAAAAUAUGAUACAAAUUUACAUUAAUUUAAGGAAACUUUCAAUCAAAAUACUUUUAAUAAAUACAUGGUUCAUUAUAAGCUAUUGGAUUGGUCAGAUUCUGUUUUCUGAAAAGUUUAAUGUAUUUGUCUGAUUGUUAUAGAUACAAAUAAAAUAAAAUAAAAAUUGUGACCAUAUUCAUGCUUGUAGCCUCUAAAACCAAUUUUCUCUGAGAUGGAUGACCAUAGCUGUCUUAUAAGUUUUGGCACUGCAUUAAGGUUCUCUAUACUAAUAAUCAGACGAGGAGUUCAAAUCCCAGGAUUGUAACCAGAUUGCUCUUGCUCAGACUCAAUGUUGUCAGAGUUUUAACUGUGGCUUUUCUGUUAAUAUCAUUUUACUUUAUGCUUCACAUGGCAGAGGUUUUUUUUUUUUUCCCCCUCUAGGAUGUCUGCUAGUCAUGAGAAGAGCACGAGAUCAUUCAGCUUCAUAUUGGAGCAGCAGUGGGUUUCCCAAAAGCCUCUUAACUUUCAGAGCGAGAGUGUUCACUGUGCUGCUCACGCUACCAUUUAAUGAUGAUCUUUGUGCUGAGAUGCUUUUGGGAAACUCGGCACAGAGCUUAGUUUCCUUCAGCUUUACUCAUUCAAAAAGGGUUCAGAAUUUACUAACCCAUUACCACCUGCAUUGUUACACCAUCUACCUGCAAGGAUUGUAUGCAAAUAAAUAAUUCAUUAGACAUUCA